GCUUCAGUAGUUGUUUAUGUUUCUUCACUUGUUAUUGGUUUUCCUCUAAUUAAUUGUUUUGUUAAUUGUUUCACUUAAUUUAAUUGUUUUUCUUUAAUUUUAAUCAUCUCAUAUCAACAUGAGACACAUCAAGUAUCUUGGUCGUACGGUUUUGGUCAAAGAAGGUAAAGUUGAAGCUGCUUUUAAGGUGAUGAAUAAGAUACUUGCAAGUGAAGGAUGUUUUGAAAACUUCAGGCGUAACAUGCGAUAUGAGAAGCCUUUUCUUGCGAGGAGAAGAUUUAACUUUGAAAGAUGUAAAGCCAUUUAUGAGGAAGAUAUGUCAAGGAAAAUCGCUUUUCUAAUGAGAAAAAAUCGAGUUGAACCUUUUCCCGGACGAACAUAAUAACUAAUCAACUUGGAAACAAGUAAUUAAAUUCAACUGAUCAUCUAGAGUCCUGAUUAUCUUAUCCUUUUUAGCAAAACACUAAAAUGGACAAAUUGUCAAUUGUAAAUCUUUGGUACACAAACUGUGACUCUUUUUUUUAGAGUUCAUUUUGUCUCGUUCAAAUCCAGUCAAUAUAUUUAGAAAAUAAAUUAACCAAUUACCAUUUAA